AUGUUUCCUAUCAACAAUACCAACUCAAUAUUCUCCACCUUCCUGGUGACAGGCAUACCUGGGCUGGAGGCAGCACACAUCUGGAUCUCCAUACCCUUCUGUACCAUGUUCUUCAUUACUUUGGUGGGCAAUGUGACCAUCAUUGCAGUUAUCUGGCAACAGCAUACCCUCCAUGGGCCUAUGUACCUCUUCCUUGCCAUGCUAGCUGCCUCUGAUCUGGGUCUGUCCCUUUUCACCUUCCCCACAAUGCUGAGGAUCUUCUGGCUGGAUGCUGGAGAGCUCACCUUCUCAGCUUGUUUCACCCAAAUGUUUUUUAUCCACACUUUCCAGGAUUUUGAGUCUGCUAUCAUACUGGCAAUGGCCUUUGACCGCUAUGUGGCCAUUUCUCAUCCAUUGCAUUAUUCCUCCAUCCUUACCAGUAGUGUAAUUGCCAAGAUAGGUCUGGCCAUUGUAGUGCGAACUUUGACUAUACAGGUGCCCCUUCCUAUCCUUUUGAGGAGGCUGUGCUUCUGUCACUCAAAUGUGCUUUCUCAUCCCUACUGCCUGCAUCCUGACAUUAUAAAGCUCUCCUGCACCAACACUAGGAUUAAUAGCAUCUAUGGACUAUUUGUGCUGCUCUCCACUAUGGGACUUGAUUUCCUCCUAAUUCUUUUUUCAUAUAUUCUGAUACUGAAAACUGUAUUAAGCAUUGCAUCCUCUGGUGGCUGCCUCAAGGCUCUUAACACCUGUAUUUCCCACCUCUGUGCUGUGAUCCUCUUCUUCACACCCAUGCUCUGCCUGUCUAUACUGCACCGCUUUGGCCCAAAACUUCCCUCACACGUCUAUGUGACCAUGGCCAACAUGCAUUUUCUCAUUCCUCCUGUGAUGAACCCCAUUGUGUAUGUGAUGAAAAACAAGCAGAUACGAGAUAAAAUUCUGAAACUCUUCAUCAAAAAAGGACCAGAAAAAUCCCAAGUCAAAUUUAUAACGUGA